GACGGAGGCUACGAGGAAAGGCUUUCUAUAAUGUUAACGGAAAAGUUUACUGUGAGGAAGACUUCCUGUAUUCCGGGUUCCAGCAGACGGCAGAGAAAUGCUUUGUGUGCGGUCACCUCAUCAUGGAGAUGAUCCUGCAGGCUCUGGGUAAGUCGUAUCAUCCAGGCUGUUUCCGCUGUGUGGUUUGUAAGGAGGGUCUGGACGGUGUUCCUUUCACCGUGGAUGUGGAGAACAACAUCUACUGUGUGAAAGACUACCACACGGUUUUUGCUCCUAAAUGUGCCUCGUGUAACCAGCCCAUCCUCCCAGUGCAGGGUUCAGAGGAGACCAUACGGGUGGUGUCCAUGGACAAAGAUUACCAUGUGGAAUGCUAUCACUGUGAGGAUUGCGGUCUGCAGUUGAAUGAUGAAGAGGGGCAUCGCUGUUACCCGCUGGAUGGGCACCUGCUGUGCCACCGAUGCCACCUGCACCGAUUAAAAACCCCUCUACCGACCCACCCGCCCCCGAGUUACCCGCUCCACGUCACUGAACUGUGAAAACACAGACUCACGCUGAACAUGAACGACGAGCAAGAGGAAUUAAAGACCCCUAAACAGUAAACAGGGGUUCGGUCGUGCCUGUAUUUCCACUUGUUUGGGGUUUAUCUGACCAACCGGGGAGGCUUUUAUUACUUUAAUCCCUCAUCACGGUAUGGAGGGGUUUGGGCUCUGUUUGGGGUCUUCAGCACUGCCGCAGGGCGACCUGUGCCUGCUUUUCCUCCCGAACACCAAACAACAGCACUGAACACAGACUGAGAUACGACUUCCUGUGCCUUCUUCGGAAAUCCUGCGUCGAACAGGCCGUCACUGCCUUCAAGACGCACCAUUUCUGUCUUGUGCCAAGCAGCCGGGGGUCUUUAAAGGGACAGUUCACCUAAAAUUAUAAUGAGCAUUUACUCACCUUCAUGUCGUUCUAAACCUGUGAGCUUUUCUUUCGUGGAAGUCAUUUAGCAAAAUUACUAAAACUGUUGCAUGCACAGGUAAGUUU